AGUUUCACUCCAGUUCAGUCUGAAAACGUGCGCGUCCAACUCGGUGUUUCGAUUGUCGAAUUCACUCAUCAGUAACGUGAUAUUAGAUUCAACAUCACGAGAUCUAUAUAUUUUUCCUGAAGCAUAAGCGACUCAUCGUUUCAACGUUUCCUUUCGAGACGAGGAAAGCUUUCCAAGUAGAGAAAGGAAUCGUUUGUUUUUUCAUUUCCCGCGACUGCCGCCGGCUGGAGAGAAAGGGACCCAGCCAGGGACUAGCGUGAGUAAAAAUAGUUUCGCAGAUAAAAGGGAAUGGGAUACGGCACGGAAAUGGAUGGCUGCGGACGUUUCAUGAAAUAUUCCCUGUUCUUCACGAACUUUGUCAUCUUCAUUGGCGGACUUAUCGUAACGGGUUUAGGCAUUUGGGCCUUGGUUGACAAAGUACCAUGGAUAGGCGAACUCGUGGGAAACGAUCUGUUAACUGGUGCAGUUUAUGUUUUAUUGGUCGGCGGAAUUAUCGUAGCGUUUAUCGCCUUCUUCGGAUGCGUCGGUGCAUCACGGGAAGUCAAGUGUAUGCUCCUGACAUACUUCAUAAUCGUAUUCUUGCUGUUUGUAACUAUGCUCAUCGGCGGCGUUCUGGGAUACAUUUUCCGCGAAAAAUUGCUGAGUACGGUCGACAGAGAGAUGAAGAGUUCGUUGCGGCUUUAUGAUCAUCGUAAAUCCAUUCGUGAUGCUUGGGAUACCACGCAAUCGACGCUCCAUUGUUGCGGCGUUAACAACUGGAGGGACUGGGGAACUUAUGGCCUCAACGUGCCAAAUAGUUGCUGUCGAGAAAUUUCACCUGGCCAGCGAUUCAACUGCAAUCAUAGCCCGGAUUCGAUAAAUCCUUCCAAUGCUUACGUAGAGGGUUGCAUCAAUGGAACACGAGUCUACAUGCAGCAACACGCAACCGUUGUGGGUGCUGCUGGUAUUGCAGUCGCAUGUCUUAUGUUUUUCGGAAUGAUAUUCUCCUGCGCACUCUUUAAGAUGAUCGAAUGACAACAGGACAUCAAUAUAGUCUGAGGCUGUCUCAGAUUUCGUAAAAGCGAACGAGGAAAAUUUCUUCGAAAUUUUCAGAAGAUACAACUUUACCAAUCAGUAAAAUUACUUGUCGCCAUAAACGAGAUUGAUUAUACGUGAUAAUCAAAAACAAGAAUCUACAUCCGAUUGUACAGAUCUCGCUGACUUAUUACACACUGUUAUAUCUAUAAUGUCAAAUUUAAACUAAUUUAAGUUGCCACUGUUCCUCUCAAUAUGUCUCAAUAUUACUUUACACUAAAACAAUAAUUAAAUUUGACAUUAUAUAGUUUCAAAUUUAAUCAUUAAAAGUAUAAAAUAAGUAUAAAAUAACAAUAUAUUGAGUAGAAUCGAGUGCGUGGUAACUAUUAGGUUUAAACUUGAUAUUACAUACAGUUUAUAGUACAUAUAUAGUAUUAUGCAUCAUGAUUACCAUUAUUCUUUACAGUUUUAUUUUAAGUUAUAUAUUUAAGAUAUUUAGAUAUAUACAUUUGAAUAUACAUAUAUCACUAGUAUGUUAGUGCAUCAUACAUGUACUUUUCAUACAUGUACUGUGCCGUAAUAAACAUAAUAAUGUAUAUAA